UUUUGUUACAGUAUACUUGUAACAAUACUGCAUUAUUCGUGAUGUGCUCUGUGAUGUUUUGCGUUGGUAUAAUCACAGUUACACGUUUAGUGUAAAUAUGUAGGUCUUUCACUAUAUACGUUAAAACGUUUGUAACUGCUCCCAUUAUGACUUCCCCACUUGUUCAUGAAAAAAUCUGGUUUGAGAAAGGCAAAUAUGAUGAAGCAGAACGACAGUACUAUCAAAACUUGGCAAAGCCCUCUCCACCACAAUCAAAAGAUGACAAACGAUUUAAGCCCAAAGAGGCUAAGGAGAAACGUAAUAAGGCUGAUAAGAAAGAUCGUGACAGGAGGACAGUUAAUAAAGAUGAGAAUAAGGGAUCUCCUAACACUCCCAACAAAAACUCCUUGGCUGGAGAGGUUGCCAAGGCACGGCAGCAUAUUAAAAAUUCCUUAGAAUGUAUGGAUGGAAUUGCUGCCCUAGCAACGACAGCGAAUGUUGAAGUCAUUAAUAGAAUCAACCCAUUAGAGAAAGACAAUGCAGUACUUAAAAAAUAUGUGGAUGAUAUGUCAGUAGUAGUCAGGAAAUUAGAAUCCAGAAUUGACAAAUUAGAAUCACAUGUAAAGCUUUUGGAAGGAAAACUUUGUGAUGCAAAGCUAGUAGCCGCCUCAGUUGGCCAGGCAGCAUCAGCAGCUCCAGCCGUGAAGCAAGGAAAACUUUGUGAUGCAAAGCUAGUAGCCACCUCAGUUCACCAGGCAGCAUCAGCAGCUCGAGCCGUGAAGCCCAAGGAAGUGGAUGAAGAUGAGAACGUGGAUUUGUUUGGUUCUGAUUCUGAGGAAGAGAGUGAUGAUGCCAAAAAACUUAAGGAAGCCCGGCUAACAGCAUACACAGCCAGGAAAGCCAAAAAGCCUGCCUUUAUUCCCAAAUCUAAUAUAAUUCUUGAUGUAAAGCCAUGGGAUGAUGAGACAGAUAUGAAAUUAUUGGAGGAAGCUGUACGAGCUGUUAGUAUAGAUGGACUUCUGUGGGGAGCUUCUAAGCUUGUUCCAUUAGCAUAUGGUAUUCACAAGCUUCAAAUAUUGUGUGUUGUUGAAGAUGAUAAAGUGUCUGUGGAUUGGUUGCAAGAAACUUUGGAGGCAAUUGAAGAUUAUGUACAAAGUGUGGACAUUGCAGCUUUCAACAAAGUUUGACUCUCUGUUCAAUCCAGUCUACAAGUUUGCUGCAUAUUUGUAUAAUUUCAUUCCAGUCUUACCUUCACCUUUGUGAUGAUAAUCACAUUCAACAUAAUUUGAAACCUAUGCAGAACUUUACUGAUAUGUUUGUAACCUGGAAUAUUCCCAAUAAGAGGAUAAAAAUGGCACAAAGUAAUGUCACUGUAUAAGUACCAGUGUUUUAACUAUUGAAAAUUCCCACCAAGUUGUAACACAAAUUGAAAAAUUUUAAUGUAGCUGAAGUGUAUGUGCAGCCAUCCUUCCAGUUGGUAUCCAAUAUCUUAAUGCUGCUACCAUAUUGAUAUGGAUUGAUGUUUACUAUUGAUAAAAUAAUUAUGUUGUAAUAAAGUGAAAUACUCAUUACACAUUAA